GAAUGAUUUAGCUGGCACACACACGUGUCACGAUGGCAACUUGUCCGACUUGCAGCAAAUCUGUUGAUGAAGUGGAAGACCCAGGCGCUGCUCCUUAUGGAAACUUCAUUAACUACUACACCUUCAACCCUCCGGAGAACCGGCUGAGUCUGAUUCCAGCCACACUCCUGCGGGAUUUAGGGCACAAUGACAGUCGGGAGGAGGACACGUUGAUCCUGGACGUCGGGUGUAACUCAGGGGAACUGAGCGUUGCCUUCUACAAGCAUGUUGUUUCUGACCUCACCCCACCCAGGAGGAAGGUCCACCUCCUGGGAUUCGACUUGGAUGAAAAGCUUAUUCGUCGAGCACAACAGACCAGCCCUGAGCACAGUAACAUCACCUUCAUGCAUCUGGAUAUCACCCAGGACACGAAACGGCUGCAGGACUACCUCAGACAGCACUGCUGCACCCAUUUUCACCUGUGUUUGUGCCUGGCGGUUACAAUGUGGGUCCACCUAAACCACGGAGACUCUGCCCUACUCCAGCUGCUUUCACACCUGGCCUCCAUCAGCAAGCACCUUCUGCUGGAGGCCCAGCCCUGGAAGUGUUACCGCUCUGCAGCCCGGCGGCUGAGGAAGCUGGGCCGCUCUGACUUUGACCACUUUAAGACCCUGAAGAUCCAGGGGGACGUGGCCAUUCACCUCAAGGAGCACCUGGAGAAACACUGCGGCAUGCAGCUCAUCCAGAGCUAUGGCAGCACCUCGUGGGACCGUCAGUUGCUACUUUUCAGAAGGACAUAAGCCAAUAAAGACUUUAAUACACUGCAAGAAAUCUCUGAUUUUGACUUAAUGUCUCCUCAGCUGGUGACCUAAUGUGUCAGAAUUAAGCCAGGAUGAUGGCAUCUUAAACCAACAAAGAAGAAACAAACAACUCCAAUAAAUACAGAAAUAUUUCUUGUGCUACUUUGGAAACAAAUCAUCUUUACAUGUUUAGUUUUCAUAAAUGUCACCUCUGAUUAUCUUAAAACAAAUAACUACAUUUAAAUAGCAUCUUUGUGAUUGUGAUAUUUUAGUCCUAUUAUUAAGGACUUCAAAUUUGUGAUUUUAUGCAGCCAUGUCAGUUCAGGACCUUUAUGUUGACGUAGCUCGCAAAAUCUGUCUGUUCCUCAGAGUCUGGACCUCGCUGCGCAUGUCUCGGCUGUGGAGACGGGGUUGAAACCUGCUCUUCUUCAUGACAGUAAUGGCGCCUGUGCAGCACAGGUGUUAUGGCUCAGAGCCAUUUGGGUUUUUCCCUGUGUGUGUGUGAGUGAGUGAGAGAGGAGAUGCAGCACCUGGCUCCAAUCUCACUAGAUUGCCUCCCGGUUAGAUUCUCUCAGCUGAUCCUGAUGACCAGCAGCAUAAAAGUCAGCCAGCCCUCAGUUCAGGGAGCAGCAGGCUAGGGAGGUUCUCUCUGGUCUGUUGUCUCCUCAGCAGCUUUUGUUUUUGUUUUGUUAAGAUUUAUGUAACAACUUUGAGAGCUUAACUCUCUGUGUUUAACCGUUCGCCUUUUAGGGGUAAAGGACACUUUACCCCUUUGCUUGCUUUUAUAAGACAUCACUCAGUAAAAGGGAAAUCGUGAUGGUCUUUCGUGGUUUUUGUAUUAAUUUGGUUAAUAUGAGAAUUUAGUUGUUACUCGUUUUGCGUUGCUGAUGAUGUGUCUUGUUAAUCUGUGUUUUGAGUUUAUAUUUAUGUAAAUAAAUGUUGGUUUGUUACUUUUA